GGAUGGAGAACGUAACAAUGGUAACUCCUCUCACAGAGCCCAUCAUUUUCGAGCUGGAGGGCUUCUAUGUACCACCAGGCUACGGCGCCUUCUUCUUCUUCCUGGCUCUGCUUAACUACAUGGUCAUGCUGUUGGCAAAUUGUGUGGUGCUGUGUGUCAUUGUCAUUGACAAGAACCUGCACAGACCCAUGUUCAUAAUGGUUGGUCACCUGGUAGUCUGUGAUAUGUUUGGGGCCACAGCGGUGCUGCCUCGCCUCAUGGUACACUUCCUGACGGGCCAGAGGAAAAUCGCCUACAUCCCAGCCAUCGCCCAGGCCUUCUCUGUGCACACGUACGGCGUCGCAGCGCAGACCAUUCUGGGUGUGAUGGCCUAUGACAGGUACAUUGCUGUGUGUGAACCACUCAGGUAUCACAGCAUCAUGUCAUCGGCUCGGCUGCACUCCUGCUGCGCCCUGGCCUGGUUGGUCGCUCUGCUGCUUAUUGCUGUUCUCUUUUCAGGGCACAUGAAUACCCCGCUGUGUGGCAAUUUCAUCAAACACAUCUUCUGCACCAACCGUGGUAUCCUAGGCCUGGCCUGCAGUCCCACCCCUAUAAACGACAUUUAUGGUCUCACCAUGUCCUGGUUUUUGAGUACAGGCGUCUUCCUCAUCAUUGCUUUUUCCUACUGUAAAAUCCUGCAUGCUACUGUGAAACGAGGCCGAGCUGACAGCACCAUCCGAAGUAAGGCCUUUCAGACGUGCGCAUCGCACCUUGUUGUGUAUGUGCUCUACCAAAUUGCUUCAGUGGUCAUGAUUACGAGUCAAAGGUUCCCUUCCAUCUCUCAGAAUUUUAGGAAGUUCUUCAGCGUCCUUUUCAUCAUCAUCCCACCAGUCAUUAACCCCAUUAUCUACGGACUGGUCAGUAAAGAAUUACGUGUAAGCAUCAUCAAACACUUAACCUACGUCCAAGUCCGUCACAAAAAGCUGAUGGAGAACUACACCUACAACAGCUACACCCUCCAGCUGGAGGGGUUAAUUGUUUCAGAAGAGUCUACAUACCCUGUCUUCCUCUUUUUCUUUUUCUCCUACUUGUUCAUAAUGAUAGCAAAUGUUGGCAUUGCUGUUCUGAUUUUCAUUGACAAAAACCUCCACCAGCCCAUGUAUCUGCUGUUUUGCAACCUGCCCUUAAAUGAUGUGCUUGGAAACUCUAUCCUGAUUCCUCGGUUAAUGUUGGACUUGUUGCGUCCCCCCUCUGAGCGCCUCAUCAGUUAUCAUGAAUGUGUGGUCCAAGCUUUUACAACACAUGUAUUUGGGACCACGUCCCACACGGUGCUCAUGAUUAUGGCCUUUGACAGGUACGUGGCCAUCUGCGAUCCCCUGCGCUACGCUGCCAUAAUGACCAACAAAAUGGUGAUGAAGCUGACAGUUUCUGCCUGGGGGGUGGCCUUAGUGAUGGUUGGGGUUCUGCUCGGUCUGACCAUCCGGCUGAACCGAUGCAGGUCUCAGAUCACAAACUCUUACUGUGACAAUGCCUCUCUGUUCAAACUCUCCUGUGAGGAUGUGUCUAUUAAUAACAUCUAUGGCCUCGUUUUCACUGUAGUUCUGUUCUCAGGCUCUAUAGGCAGCACGGUUCUCACCUACACUAAGAUCGCAGUGGUCUGUGGGACCAGUAAGAAUAAGACUCUGAACAGUAAAGCCUUGAAGACCUGCAGCACUCAUCUGACUGUGUACCUGCUCAUGUUGGUCAGUGGAUUGGCUAAUAUUGUCCUUGCUCGCUUCCCUCAGUACACACCCUACAGGAAGCUCAGCGUCAUUUUGUUCCACAUCAUCCCCGGCAGCCUCAACCCCAUCAUCUACGGUCUGCAGUCCAAAGAGAUACGGAGAUUCCUGUCCAGUUUGAAUUUCCAGAAAGUAUUUCCCAUCGUUGUAAAGAAAAUUUAA